AUGGAUCAUCAGAUCAACAGCAAAAGGAAAUUGCCUGCUUCUUCUUCUUCUUUGACUUUGGAGCUUUUCGGUCCAAUUCCAAUUCCAAAAGAAACUUCAUCUUCUUCUCAACUCUUUGGCUCUGUUUUUGGCCCACCUCAACCUCAUCAUCAUCAUCACUACCCUCCAACUCAUGGGGUCGGAAACAACAACAACAACAACCACGGUUGUUAUAAAGGGAAUGGCAAUAAUAAUAAUAGUAGCAGCAGCGGGGGAAGAGAAUUCAUUAAUAAUAAUAAUAAUAAAAAGUACAGCUACUACAACGAGAAUGAUCAUCGGAGGACGGUGGUGGAACCAAGCUAUCUCAGCUCCUCAAUCUACUAUGGUGGCCAGGAGUCGACGUUCAUGAAGAGAAAUGAUGGAGGAGGAGGAGGAGGAGGAGAUCAUGAAGAUCCCAAUGGAGUCUCUAGGGGCAACUGGUGGCAGGGAUCACUAUAUUACUGA